GCUGUCUGUCUUCCCUGUGGCUCAGUCCAUUUGUGGACACAGAUGUUCUUGUUGCCACAGCUCUGGCUGACCAUCUGCUUGGCCAGGCAAUCCAGACCGACGGCGGGCAGGGCUGGGCUCCCUGGGACCGUCCUGACCUGCGGCCACUCUGACCUGCAGAGCAUGGGGGUCCCACACAUCCCAGGGCGGACGGUGCUUUUCCAGCGGGAGAGGACGGGCCUGACCUACAGGGUGCCCGCGCUGCUCCUGGUGCCCCCUGGUCCCACGCUGUUGGCCUUUGCGGAGCAGCGACUCAGCCCCAGCGACUCUCAUGGCCACCGCCUGGUGCUGAGGAGGGGCACACUGGCUGGGGGCUCCGUGCAGUGGGGUACUCUGCAUGUGCUGGGGACAGCCGUCCUGGAGGGGCACCGCUCCAUGAACCCCUGCCCAGUACUGGACACAGCCUCAGGCACCGUCUUCCUCUUCUUCAUCGCCGUGCUGGGCCACACCCCCGAGGCUGUGCAGAUCGCCACUGGCAGGAACGCGGCCCGCCUCUGCUGUGUGACCAGCUGUGACGCUGGCCUCACCUGGGGCAGCGCUCGGGACCUCACUGAGGAGGCCAUCGGGGCCAUGGUGCAGGGCUGGGCCACCUUCGCAGUGGGGCCAGGCCACGGGGUCCAGCUGCGCUCAGGCCGCCUGCUGGUUCCUGCUUACACCUAUCGAGUGGACCGUCGGGAGUGCUUUGGCAAGAUCUGCUGGACCAGCCCCCAUGCCUUCGCCUUCUACAGUGAUGACCAUGGCCGCACCUGGCACUGUGGGGGCCUGGUGUCCAACCUGCGCUCUGGCGAAUGCCAGUUUGCCCCAGUGGACGGAGGCUUCCUCUACUGCAAUGCCCGGAGCCCCCUGGGCAGCCGUGUGCAGGCACUCAGCCCCAAUGAGGGCACAUCCUUCCUGCCCGGGGAGCUUGUGCCCACCCUGGCCGAGACUUCCCGGGGCUGUCAGGGCAGCAUCGUGGGAUUCCCUGCCCCACCCCCCGGAAGGCCUCAGGAUGAGGGGCAGUCGCCGGGCACCAGGAGUCCCCCUCCCCCUCCCCCCCUCUGUCCUGGGGUCCUGGAGCCCUCUGGGGAGGGUGCUGAAGACCCUAAUGGGGGCUUGGUGUCUUUUCAGCCCUUCUGCCUCCCACAGCCCUGGGGGAGUGGUCCAGGACAGCCUGGCCCUGAACCUGGGCUUGGUGAGGACCGGGGGGCCGGGAUCCCAAUGCUCCCCGGGCCCUCUGCUGCCCCACCUCGAAGCCCCACAUGGCUGCUGUAUUCCCACCCUGCAGGGCGCAGGGCCCGGCUCCACAUGGGCAUUUACCUGAGCCGGUCCCCCCUGGACCCCCACAGUUGGACAAAGCCCUGGGUGAUCUAUGAGGGCCCCAGUGGCUACUCUGACCUGGCAUUCCUAGGGCCUGUGCCUGGGGCGACCCCAGCCUUUGCCUGUCUGUUUGAGAGCGGUGCCAGGGUCUCCUAUGAGGAAAUCUCCUUCUGCAUGUUCUCUCUGCCCGAGAUCCUGGAAAACGUGCCGGUAGGCCUUGAGCCACCCGCCUCUGGGGACAAACCUCGGGGGCACUGCAGGCCCUCUUGAUGGGCCCUCUGGCUGGGCACCCUGGGGGGGGGGUGGAGUACACAGAGAGGAAGGCUGGGGUGACCACAGGAUGGACAGAGCUCUGCACCCGGCUUCUGCCCUGGCCGUGGAGGGUGAGUGUGGAGGACCCUGCCAGUGGAGGUGGAGAGGUCUGCCUGUGGGUGGGGUGGGAGAAGGCCUCUUCCCAAGGCUGACCAGGUGGCCACUGCAGCUCUGGAGCUGGACAGUGAGCCUCAAGAGCCAGGGUCUCGUCUGCCCAGACUUUCCUUCCUCACUGGCAGCUCCUGUUCAGCAGACAGCUUGCUGCUCUCUGGAGUGAGAACCAGAGAUAAAGGGCUGAGUGGUGUGUGGUGCAUGCUCCCAUGUCCGAGCCCUGGGGAGGGCGCUGUGCUCUAUCUAGCCCCUUCUCCAACCCCCUGCCUCAGACCUCCCUGCCCUAACCACGCUGCCCCCAAAUGCUCGGGGGUGGCCGGCAGAAGGGAGGUCAGGAGGAGAAGAGGACCUGUGCCUCUUCUGUCUGCUGUCCACUUGGUGCUGACCCCACCAUUCUGGGAUAUGUUGAUGGGUAAGGUCUCCCCGUCUCUGAAUUUCUGUCUGCAGAAGCAACUGGGCUCCAUCCUGCUUGGCUGCCCCUGCCCAGAGGAGGGCGCAUCUCCUGGGACCAACCAGUAUGCCCUGUGCACCCGGAGAGGGCUCUGGUUGCAUGGGGGCUGCUUUUAAAGUCCUACUUUCUAAUUAUAAAAUUGUAUCUAUUUCUUUCUGUUUUGGGGGGGACUGGGGAUUGAACACAGUGGUGCUUGACCACCGAGACACAUCCUCAGCCCUUUUUUGUAUUUUUCAAUUUGAGUCAGGAUCUCACUGAGUUCCUGGGACCUUGAUGAAUUGCUGAGACUGGCUCUGAUCCUGACACCCUCCUCAGUCCUGGAGCCACUGGGGUUACAGGCAUGUUUCACCACGCCCGGCUAAUUAUAUCUAGAAGACAGAUAACUCUCUUGUCUGUCAUCUGUCAUCUAUUUACCGAUCAAUCACCUGUCAUCUAGCUGUCAAUCAUCUAUCAUCCAUCAGUCAUCUAUCUAUCUAUAGGCAUGUUGCAGAAAAUAUGGAAGAUGUAGACAGCUCUCAAGAAGGACUGGAAGUGCCCCGAGGAGCCUCUCCUGGGCUGUGCAUGGCCUUCUGUGUGCCUCCCUGACCUCUGGCUUGCUGGGCACUGGUGCCCCUUGGUGGGCACUCUUGGCCAGCAGUAGGUCUCACAUGCCCUUAUGUCAUUUCUUCACGAGUCCCUGUCCUGUGACCAGCUCCUUGGGUGUUUCUGGUCUGAGCUCCUCCUGAGGUUGCAUGGCCGCCUUGGGCUGUCUUCCCCGCAGUGUGCCGCAUCCAGGAAGCCUCCAGGCUACAGAGGGUCCCCAAGGGA